AUGCAGUGUUUAAAAUUUGGAAAUUAUCUGUUUAGAUACGUUGAUCUGUUAAAAUCUUAUCUAGACUCAGAAAGACGAGUAAAUCAUGCGGCGAAGCACGUACAAAAUUUAAUUAACUUUGUCCUGAGUUUUUUUUUUGGAAAAGCCAUUGAAAAGCGUAAAGAAUUAGAAAACCUGUUAGGUCUUCUGUAA